AGUUUAGGAUUUCAAAAUGGCGAUUCACGCCAAAUUAUUGACGGGUCCAUUUAAAACAAUUGAAAAUAUGUAAUAUUUUUAAUUAAAUCUUGAAAAAAAGAGUGUCAAAUGAGUGCGUGGCCAAGUUUAAUUUACCAAAGACUAUAUUAGAAAUUAUUAUUUUUAUAAAAUAUAUAGAUUUAUAUUUAUAGUGAUUUUCAUUUAGUGUAACGAAUAUUUAUGUAUGCACAAACGCACUUACGAAUAGAAUGGCUACAUCUGCGAAUGGGAACGGCAAUUUGGUCGAUGAAUUCGAAGAAGCGUUUCAGCAAUGUUUACACAUGUUAACAAAAGAUGAAGGGCUUGGAAACAACUGCGCUUGUAGUUUGUCGAUGGAUAAAGAUGAAGCUAAAGGAGAAGUGGAACAAGUUACCUUAAGAUUCAUAGAUUUGGCUCGGCAGGUGGAAGCUUUCUUUUUACAAAGAAGAUUUCUUUUAUCUGCCCUUAAACCUGAGCUUAUUAUUAAAGAAGAUAUCGCUGAUCUUCGAAUGGAACUUGUGAGAAAAGAAGAAUUAAUAAAGAGACACUAUGAUAAAAUUGCAGUUUGGCAAAAUCUCCUUGCCGAUUUACAAGGCUGGGCAAAAUCUCCAGUUCAAGGUCCAGCACCAAAUGGUCUCGCCAAUGGGACGUCUAGUGUUCAAGGUCAACAGGGAGGAAAUGGCAGUGGAGCACCAACAAUGCAACAACAACAAUUACUUCAACAUCAACAACAGUUGCAACAACAGCAAUUACAGCAACUUCAGCAGCAUCAAAUGCAGCAACAACAACUUCAUCAACAGGUACAACAAGGACCCGGAGCACCACCUCCACCAGGUAUGCAAGGAGUUGGCGUUCCCGUUGGUCAACAGGGGAUGUUUAUGAGCCAGGGUGGCCGAGCUGCUGGUUUUCCAGUUGGAGGUGUUGGAAGCGGUUCUUUGCCAAGUCAUUUAGCAUUCCUUGAGAAAACGACGAGCAAUAUAGGGAUGCCGGAAAGGCGGAGUUGACGCGGAAGGGGGAGGGGGCGAGGCCGAGGUCGUGGAAGAGGUCGGGGGAGAGGUAGAGGCGCCGGUGGAAAUCUGCCGCCUCCACCACCCCUUCUUGACCCUUCCGAUCCUUCAUCUUAUGUCGCUGCUGCGACCUCCGUUGCAGCGCCCCUUCCCUCACAGCAGCAACAACCACCACCUUGCUCUUAAUCUUUUUUUUUUCCAUCGUAGAAGACUCCCUUAUCCUUCUCACUGUCUUCCUCCUAAAAAAAAAACAAACAAACAAAUUACUCUAUUUCUUUUUUUUCCCACACACACACACACACACA